AUGUCAAGUUUCCCAUCCACUAGUUCUGCUCCUGUACCAAUCAUAAGUUCUUCGCAAAAUCCAACUCCUUCGUUAAACCAAUCCACGCCUGCUACCUCUUCGGAAUUCUUAAACUUCUUAUCGAACGAUCUUUCAUGGUUGCUUGAGAACACUGAGGACUGUGACGUGAUAUUACAAAUUGGUCAAGAACCAAAUGUUCGUAGAUUUUACGCACAUAUUGCAUUGUUGAGGGCUAGAUCAAGUUAUUUCAGGCGGGCACUGUCAAAAGAUUGGGCCAAAUGUGAAGAGGAUGGUUUGAUCUUGUUUAACAAGCCUAAUAUUUAUCCAGAAGUUUUUGAAGAAAUUUUAAAGCACAUAUAUAAAGGAACCGUAGACUUUGGUGAACAAAACGGUUCAAAUUUGUUAAAUCUCUUAACAGCAAGCGAUGAAUUGAUGUUAGAUCAAUUUUGUAAUUAUAUUCAAACCUUUCUGAUAGAAAAAAAGUAUGAAUGGCUCGAGGAAAAUCUCGUAGACGUUCUCCGAAUCACCGAAAAAUGUAAUAAUUGUACUGCAUUGAGGAAUCAUUGUCUCGAGCUGAUUGCCGAAAAACCUGCUUCGAUUUUCAGAUCAGAAGGAUUUGUAUCUUUAGACAAAGAAUUACUCCUCUCACUGUUGAAGCGGGAUGAUUUAGAGAUGGACGAAGUUGAAAUCUGGAAUCAUGUCAUCAAAUGGGGAAUAGCAAACACCAUCGACCUAUCAGAAUUAGAUAAAUCAAAAUGGACCGAGGAAAAUUACGAGGCGUUGAGUGAUACACUGAGUCAAUGUAUUCCAUUAAUUAGAUUCUUCGAUAUAUCUUCGUCGGAUUUUUAUGAUUGGGUGAGACCUUAUGAUAAGAUUCUACCAAGUGAAUUAAACGAAGAUAUAGUCAGAUAUCACUUUAAACCCGGCAGUAUGCCACAAUCAAUAGUACUUCCCCCGAGAGAUCAAGGAAUGAACUUGGAUUCCUUGAUUAUCAAACCGAUUCACGCUAGAUUAAUUUGCGGUUGGAUAGACGGCAAGGACACAUUGGGUCCAACUUAUGUUAAAGCGACUUAUGAUUUUAGAUUGUUGGUAAGAGGUACCAGGGAUGGAUUUGAUGCUACCACAUUUCACACAAAGUGUGACAGGAAAGGUGCCACAGUAGUAGUGAUGAAAUUAGAAGGCUCAGGAGAAAUACUGGGUGGAUACAAUGCAGCAUAUUGGAGAACGGGCGCAGUGUACAUUCCUUCAGAUAAAAGUUUUAUAUUUUCGUUACGCGAUGGAAAAAAUUUACAGGAGGUGCGGUUAAGUAGAGUUAAGGAUUCGUCAUCGGCGGUAUAUGGUCAUACUUCAUAUGGUCCACAUUUCGGAACCGCCGAUUUAAGAAUGUAUUCCUUAUUUAAUAACAGUGAAAAUUGUAGCUGUCAACAAGCAAGUUAUUAUAAGGCAAUCACUGAACAUGUUAGGUUUGCUGCCGAGGAGUAUGAGGUAUUUCAGGUGGUUCAAAAACAGUGA